ACCAAACCAAACCCCUCGUAAUUACUCGCAUAGAAAACUGAGAGCUCUUACUGGGAGCGAGAAACCGAAAGAAAGUCCCCAGCUCUUCCCGCUUCUUCUUCAAACAAAGAGUGUGGUGUGGGAUUACAGAAGCAAGCCAUAACUGCGAGGAAAAAUGUUCGCCGAAGAGAAUGGUCUGAAGGGAGACCCGAGGUUGCAAGCCAUCUCGGAAGCCAUUAGAGUCGUGCCUCACUUCCCAAAACAAGGGAUCAUGUUUCAAGAUAUAACGACAUUGUUGUUGAAUCACAAAGUCUUCAAAGACACCGUUGAUAUUUUUGUCGAUCGUUACAGAGACAUGGAUAUUUCCGCUGUUGCUGGAGUGGAAGCUCGAGGAUUUAUGUUUGGCCCGGCAAUUGCGCUAGGCAUCGGUGCAAAGUUUAUUCCCUUGCGCAAACCAAGAAAGCUGCCAGGUGAAGUCAUAUCAGAAAAAUAUGUUCUUGAAUAUGGAACCGAUUGCUUGGAGAUGCAUGUUGGGGCUGUACAGCCCGGGGAACGGGCCUUGGUUAUUGAUGAUUUGGUGGCUACUGGUGGAACUCUAUCAGCUGCAAUAAGGCUACUAGAACGUGUUGGUGCUGAAGUGGUUGAAUGUGCUUGUGUGGUCGGUGUGCCUGAGGUUAAGGGACAUUGCAGGCUUAAUGGAAAGCCACUAUAUGUUCUUGUGGAGCCACGUCAAAUGGAUAAUGGCUUUUAAGAUGGAUAGGUGAUUCGUACUCCGCUUGGGCUGACAAAAGAGAAGCGUGAUGAUUGUUCCAGUAACGGAGGCCCAUGAUAUGCGGCGACCAAUCAGCACAGAUGAAAGAGUUGUGUCGGGCACCAAGGUUGUAAUUUAACGAUGGGAAAUGUUGCUCCUAAUGUCUCUAAUUUUCUUGUAUGGCUGACAAUUUUUAACAAUCAUUCUUAAAUGCAUGGGACUUUCCUUAAACCGGCACGCAAAGUCGGACAAAA